AUGAUACGAGAUGAAGGAAUGAUUUUUGCAUCACGGGGAGCAUUAGAUCGAGGCAAUUUCAAAACGCAAGAACAAAUUGAAGCCAUGGAGACGGCUGGCGAGAUAGGAAGAUCACCUAUUGGACCGCUCAAAGCUAAUGAACGACGCGUUGAAAGUAAGUUUAAUAAAGAAGAAAUCAACCGCACAUGUGAUUUCAAACUUGGCUAUCUGUUUGAUUGUAUGGAUAGGUAUCCAAGUAAAAAAUGGCUCAUAGAAGCGACUGGUAACUAUGAUUGGGCGGAAUUGCCUGAAAGUAUCGAUGCAAGUUAA